AUGGAAAUACGUACAUCCGAAUUUGAGCAGCUUGGUUUAUCAGAGAAUAUUCUUAUGGGAAUAUUUGCGUAUGGGUUCAGCACCCCAUCAAAAAUACAGAAAGAUGCAAUUGGUGUAAUUUCUGGGGGAAAGAGUGUUUUAAUGCAGUCAAAAAAUGGAACGGGAAAAACUGCCACUUUUCUGCUGGGAAUGCUCCAGAAGCUAACCAUUCACAAAAACACACCGUAUAUACAGUCUAUUGUACUAUCACCAACCCGUGACUUAGCCAUACAAACAUUUAAUGUGUUUAACGGCCUUGCUAAGUAUAUGGGAAUAAAGGGAUACUGUGCAGUUGGGCAGACUAAAAAAGUAUCAGAAGAUGUUCAUGCAUUAAAUGGGUGUACAGUGUUAUUUGGUACUCCAGGAAGAGUUCUUCACUUAUUAAAAGAAUCAAUCAAGACGUUUAAUAAAGUGCACAUGGUGGUUUUAGAUGAAGCAGAUCGUGUGGUAGAGAGUGGAUUUAGUCUGCCAGUCAGAGGAAUAUUUGAGAGGAUUAAACCAAUGAACGCACAGUUUGUAUUUGUAAGUGCAACACUGCCGCAAGCAAUAACUGAAUUUCUCACUGAGUACCUCCCAGAAGAUUAUGAGUCCUUUUUAGUACCACAAGAAGAACUUGCACUUUCAAGAAUUUCGCAGUUUUACAUUAAUGUAGUGGAGAAAAAGAAGUUUAACAGACUGUGUGAUAUUUUCAGCACGGUUUCAAUUUCCCAGGCAGUUAUUUUUGCAAACAGAAAGGAAACAGUAAUGGAAUUAGGUAAAAAACUGCAAAUGCAUGAAUUUCCUGCUGUUAUAGUGCACGGUGGAAUAGAGCAAGCAGAAAGAAACAAAAGAAUGUCAGAAUUCUUUAGUGGUAAGCAUAGAAUACUCGUGUGCACAGACGUAUGCGCAAGAGGAAUAGAUGCAGUGCAUGUUAAUUUAGUAGUUAAUUAUGAUGCUCCACUCUCACCAGAGGAGUAUUUACACAGAAUCGGCAGAGGUGGUAGAUUUGGAAAAACAUCGAUUGCUAUAAGUCUUCUGGAGCCAAGUGAGUGCAGUAAAAGCCAAGCCAUAUUCAGUGCAUUUGGGAAGGCACUAAAAGAAUUUGUUAUUCCUGAGCCUUCUUAAUAAGAAUAUUUGCAUAUUUACAACCCGAUUUAACCCGAAAUACAAAAAAAUGAAUUAACUUUAAGUAUAAAAAUUAAAUCGUAUAUAUUCUAUUACAGAAUACGCUUUUAUUUGCAAUAAACAGGAAUUUUUAUAGAAAUAAAGUAUAAAUAGAUUUAAUAUACAGAAAUUGGAAUAUAUUGGGGAUAUUUUGCUUUAUUAUGAAAAGCAGAGCACGCCCGAAAUAGAAAACCAGUUAAAAUAUUCUGAAAGAAUGAAACCCCAG